UUUCACUCAGUUAGCGUAUAAUUUAUCAUCCACAAAUUUCACUUCUUCCUAUUUUUCUUUCUGUUGGUUUCUCGGGGCGUUUUCCUCUUCGGUCACAAACACAAGCUCAACCCGUAGAAGGGUCAUUGAGAUUUUCUCUCGGAAAAUUGAGUGGAAACUAUAUGUGUCUCCCUUAUUCUUAGUUCAAUUGCUAAGGAAACUCUGGGGUUUCUUAUUCUUUUGCUUCCAUCUUCUCUAUCUCAUAUAACAUCUUGCGAGGCUCUGCAAAAGACAGUAGGCACCUAUUCUUGCUGUGGAGUUUUAGUUUAUAAUAAUUAAGAUGUCUUCUCCAAGCAAGAGGAGAGAGAUGGAUGUGAUGAAGUUGAUGAUGAGUGAUUACACAGUGGAGACAAUAAACGAUGGACUCAAUGAUUUCAAUGUAGAAUUCCAUGGUCCAAAAGAAAGCCUUUAUGAUGGCGGGGUUUGGAAAAUCCAUGUUGAGCUUCCUGAUGCUUAUCCAUACAAGUCUCCUUCUAUUGGGUUUGUGAACAAGAUAUACCACCCAAAUGUUGAUGAACUAUCUGGUUCUGUGUGCUUGGAUGUUAUUAAUCAAUCUUGGAGUCCAAUGUUUGAUCUGUUAAAUGUGUUUGAAGUGUUCCUUCCACAGCUCUUGCUUUAUCCAAAUCCGUCUGACCCACUUAAUGGUGAUGCUGCAUCAUUGAUGAUGAAGGACCGAAAGCAGUAUGAUCAGAAAGUAAAAGAGUACUGUGAACGAUAUGCAAAGAAGGAGAAUAUCACCAAUUCCAUAGCUGAAGUGGACAGUGGCAAUGAGGACAUAAGUGAUGAAGAAAGUGGUGGUUUUAGUGAUGAUGAUGUUGCAGGACAUGCAGACCCGUGAUGGACUGCUGCAUCUUUGUUCUUGAUCUUAACCCACCCCUAAAGCUCAAAUAGCCGCAGCAAUGAAACGCUAUAGUGUGUUUACAUGUUCGAUUGUUACUAGUUGUAUGAUGAUGUUUUUAUUGCUUGUAGAAUCAUAAUGGCACCAGAUACUUCGAUUGUAACACCCCUGGACUGAUAUUUAAAGGUACGGGGGAUGAAAUGGAAAACAAACAAACAGAAGAAAUUGACAAGUCAAGUCAAUGUUUUUAACUUA